CGCUCUCACAAAAAGUACUCGUGUCUUACUCGUGCCAGCCACUCGCAUUUCUCCAGAUUUUAUUAUCCUUUCUCGGAAAAAAGUAGAUCCACUAUUUGUUGCUGCCAUCGGCGUUAGUAUCGUUAGCUCUCUCGUUUAUGUUCUGUCGUUCGAUAUUGCUGGGUUUCUAGGCUAAUUUUACGAAUCUGUGAAAGCUUUUGGGAGAUUUGGCGUCUUUUAGCUCACUCGUGUGGUGUCUUUGAUGUAGUUAGCUAUAUAUUAGUGAUUGAUUUAGGUUUAUUUUUUUCCAUUCGUAUGAUUAUCAGCUUGUUAUCCAUAGGUUUUGUUGGAUUUCGUGUGUUUUGGAUUUGAUCUGUGCGUUUAUUUGCUUGUGAGGCUCAUAAAGAUCUGUGUACUGGUUCCAGAGUUUAGCUAAGAUGACGAAGAACUACCCAACCGUGAGCGAAGAUUACAAGAAAGCUAUUGAGAAGUGCAAGAGGAAGCUCAGAGGUUUGAUCGCUGAGAAGAACUGUGCACCCAUCAUGGUCCGACUCGCAUGGCACUCUGCUGGAACUUUCGAUUGUCAAUCAAGGACUGGUGGUCCAUUCGGAACAAUGAGGUUUGAUGCUGAGCAAGCUCAUGGAGCCAACAGUGGUAUCCACAUUGCUCUUAGGUUGUUGGAUCCCAUCAGGGAGCAAUUCCCAACCAUCUCUUUUGCUGAUUUCCAUCAGCUUGCUGGUGUUGUUGCCGUUGAAGUUACUGGUGGCCCUGAAAUUCCUUUCCACCCUGGAAGAGAGGACAAGCCCCAGCCACCUCCAGAGGGUCGUCUUCCUGAUGCUACAAAGGGUUGUGAUCACUUGAGAGACGUCUUUGCUAAGCAGAUGGGCUUGUCUGACAAGGACAUUGUCGCUUUAUCUGGUGCCCACACUCUGGGAAGAUGCCACAAGGAUAGGUCUGGCUUCGAAGGUGCCUGGACUUCAAACCCUCUAAUCUUCGACAACUCUUACUUCAAGGAACUCUUGAGCGGAGAGAAGGAAGGCCUUCUUCAGCUUGUCUCUGACAAGGCGCUAUUGGACGACCCUGUUUUCCGUCCUUUAGUCGAGAAAUACGCUGCUGAUGAAGAUGCCUUUUUCGCUGAUUACGCCGAGGCCCACAUGAAGCUUUCUGAGCUUGGGUUUGCUGAUGCUUAAGCUGUGACGUAUGUUGUGUGUGUGUGUCUCCGAGAGUCAUGGCUGUUUUUGGUUGGGGGCUGGAGGGGUCGCAAUGCAUUUGAACUUUGUCAUAUGAUUGCUUAAUGUACUCUCAGAUUUGCGUAUCUUGUUUUUCGGUGGGUUGUGAUUUGACACAUCCGUUGCGCUUUUGCUGGUUAGACAGUUAAUAAAACUAAUUUAUCUCA